CUUCAUCUUCCCUGCAAUAUCUGAACCUGGGAAUGUCGCAAAACCGCCACGUGAAUUGACUAGAUGAUCCUUUACUUAUUAUCUGCUCUUCAAUGUUGCCAUCUUCAGGACUCCGUGAACACCAUGCCAUCAUCGUCACUAUCUGGGUGCGGAUACCAAGCUUCACCAGGCAACUUGACCUCUUUGGGUAUGUCGAAACGCUGUUACCCGCCUGUGCCGCCUGUCACGAUGGAAUCGUCCACCUCUAAGACUGCCACUUCUUUUGGUGCGCAUCUCCGUCGCCUGAUGCCUCGAAGAUCAUUCCGCAGCUGUUAAAGCCAUCCAUGACGUCGGCAACCAAUAGGUGAAGGCUCCGGUUAGUAAUGUGCACGAAAUACAUUUACACUAUGCUGUGAGUUGGCGAAAAGAUCUCUGCAGACAAUACUCAACAUGGGCUCCUCUGAGACUCCCAGCCGGCACUUAUGUCGUGUGCUUGUUGCGAACCGGGGUGAAAUUGCUGUCAGAUUAAUCUCGACUUGCAAGAAGUUGGGCAUAUCGGCUCUUACCAUCUAUGUCGAUGAUGACGCCGACUCUGCCCAUGUCCGGUUGGCGGAUGAAGCAUUCCUUCUGGCCGGCCAUGGCUCUCGGGGCUACACGGACAUUGACGGGAUUGUACAGAUCUGUCGAAAACACCACGUGCAAGGGGUUCUCCCUGGGUACGGCUUCCUCAGCGAAAAUGCUGCCUUCGCCAAAGCAUUGUAUGAGGCCGGAAUACUGUUCAUCGGAACUGAUUCCAACACUCUGAUCGAAUUUGGCUUGAAACACCGAGCCAGACAGCUCGCCGUUGCUGCGAACGUACCAAUCGUUCCUGGCACAGAGAUGCUGAGCGGGAGUGAAGAAGCCCUCCAAGAAGCGACUCGAAUAGGGUUUCCCGUCAUGGUCAAAGCUACAGCUGGUGGUGGUGGAAUGGGCCUCCAGGUCUGCCGAGACGUGCAUGACUUGGAGAACGCCGUUGCGAUUGUCAAGAGUCGUGGUGAAGCUCUGUUUAAAAAUGAUGGUUUCUUCAUCGAGAAGUAUGUCGAAUCUGGCCGUCAUAUCGAGGCUCAAAUCUUUGGAAAUGGAAAGGGCGACAUCCUAUUCUUCGGUGAACGCGAGUGUUCGAUCCAGAGGAGACACCAAAAAGUCAUAGAGGAGACCCCAAGCCCUUACGUUCUGAAGUGUCCGUCCUUGCGACAAAAGCUGAAGGAUGCCUCGAUCUCCUUGGCCCGAUCAAUCCAUUACAAGUCGGUGGGUACCAUAGAAUAUUUGGUCGAUGAUACAUCGGGAGACUUUUACUUCCUGGAGGUCAACACACGACUGCAAGUGGAACAUGGAAUCACCGAAAUGUGCUACGACGUUGAUUUGGUUGAACUGAUGUUACUGCAAGCCGAAGAGGAAUUGAGAGGCCACGGUGGGCUGUCGCCGGAAGCGAUGUCGACCUAUGCUCGCGACAGCCCCAAAGGCCAUUCAAUCGAGGUGAGAGUGUACGCUGAAAAUCCGGCGAAGAACUAUCAACCUGCUCCCGGCCUUCUUCAAAAUGUGUUCUUCCCGCAGGGAAAGGAUGUUCGCAUUGACACUUGGGUCGAGACAGGAACAUUCGUGUCGCCACAUUUCGACCCUUUGCUCGCCAAGGUGAUCGUGCAUUCCAAGGAUCGAGCUGGUGCGACCGAGACUUUGCUGCACACACUACAAGAAACGAAACUGCAAGGACCACCAACAAAUCUUGACUUUUUGAUCCAGGUGCUUGAGUCAACAGAUUUUGUAACCGGAUAUACGACAACCAGCAUGCUGGAUUCCCGCUUCCAUUACCACAUGUGUGCAAUUGAAUUCGUCGAACCCGGCACAGCUACAACUAUUCAGGACUGGCCUGGUCGAGUCGGUAUACCAAAUGGCGUCCCUCCGGCAGGUCCAAUGGAUGCAUUAUCAUUUCGGAUGGCAAAUCUGCUUGUUGGUAACGAAGAAGGCACAGAGGGUUUGGAGAUAACGAUGAUGGGUCCAAGAAUUCGAUUCCUUGCCCCAGCUGUUGUGGCGCUUUGUGGUGCUCCCUUCACAUUCGAGAUCGAUGGCCAGCCAGCUUCAAUGUGGACAAGACAUACAAUUGCCACGGACAGUGAAGUCUAUAUUGGUGACACUCAAGUUGGCGCUCGCGCGUAUUUGGCUGUUCGAGGAGGAUUUCCGAAUGUUGCGACAUAUCUUGGCUCUAAGAGUACCACACCAUCCUUGAAUUGGGGUGGGUACCAAGGCCGACGAAUCCUGGCUGGUGACUUUCUUUCCAUUGAUUCCGAAGCAGCGGGCGAUUUGCCACCCACACCAUACCAGCUUGAUCACGCAUGGUGUCCCUCAUUCGGACACGAAUGGAGAUUGGCCGCGCUUCCUGGACCGUGGUUCUCAGAUGAGUAUCUCACCCAUGAAGGGCAAAAGCACCUGUUCUCGAGCAGCUACAAAGUCAGCUUCAACUCCAGCAGGACGGGAAUCCGCUUGGAGGGGCCCCCGCCGGCAUGGGGCAGGAAGGAUGGGGGUGAAGGAGGCAGCCAUCCCAGCAAUAUGGUGAGUUUCGGGUGCGCUACGGGGAGCGUGAGCUUCACGGGAGACUCUGGCGUCAUAAUGCCAGUCGACGGACCAAAUCAGACGGGAUUUAUUGUGACGCAUGUCGUUAUACGAGCAGACAUGUGGAAGUUGGGACAACUACGUCCAGGCGACACUGUCACUUUUGUUCCAGUCACCUGGACGCAGGCCAUGUCACAGGAACGAAGACUCGACGAUUAUGUUCAGUCGAUUGGUCUACAAAGAGAACCUACAUCGCAGCCAGGGACUAGAGCCGCCAUGCUCACCAACCUGGAAGCAACGCCGUCUGCCGAUCACGGGGAUGGAGUGAUUUGCAAGAUCGACGCCGAGGACGACCGCCCUGCCCUGAUUCUGCGUCAGUCGGGUGAGAGGGCUAUUUCCUGUCUUUAUGGUACGGGAAACUUUGACGUCAAAAUCCGCGCAAGAAUCCAGCAAAUCUCGAAUCUGAUACGGAAUGAGACGCCGAUUGGCUUCGAACGCUAUCUUGCAACAGAGGCCUGUUCGCUACUCUUUCAUUUUGACCCUGAGUUGACGACACAGGUGGAAGCGGUGCGGACCAUUUUAAGUUUGAGUCAAUCAAUUCCGGACGUGACGACUUCUAAGAUACCUAGUCGCAUGAUUCACCUCCCAGCUGUUUUUGACGCCGACGAGUGUCGGGAAACGGAACAAAGGUAUAUGGUACUUCAAAGAGCCAAAGCGGUGUAUUUGCCGGACAAUAUUGACUUCAUCCGGCGAAGUAACGGAUUGAAGACAAGAGAAGACGUCAAGAAAUCAUACUUUGAGGUCCCGUAUUUGGUCAUUGCAGUGGGUUGGCUGAGUGGACUUCCGAUCUAUGUGCAGGUCGACCCUAGGCACCGGCUGGUCGUACCGAAGUACAACCCAUCACGCACAUUCACGAAGGCAGGCUCAUUGGGCACCGGUGGUGCAACGUCUGCCAUUUAUCCUAGCGAUUCUCCGGGUGGUUACCAAGUCUGGGGCGUAACCAUACCGGGCAUUUGCUGGGAUGUGUAUGGUCGCAAGCCUGGCUUCAGCCCUUCGAGACCGUGGCUGUUCGAAGCAUUCGAUCAGGUAGUCUUCCAUUCUGUCGGCCGGUCAGAGUUUGACGCAGCUGCGAAAGCUUUUCAAGCCGGUCGAUACCAGAUUCGCAUUGAGGAAUGUGUGUUUGACAUGGCUGAGUACAAUAAGCUUUAUGAAGAAACGCACGAGGAGGUCGUGCACAUGAAAAGAAUGCAGGAAAAAUGCACGGAACAAGAAUUGGCCAAGGAAAUGGUGCUGUAUGAUGAAUGGCAGGAAGAAGUCCGACGAGUGCAACAGAGUAAGGAGGCAGAAAAGAAGCUGAGGAGUGAGGUGUCCAGAGACUCCUCAAUGAUAGAAGUGCCGGCAACAAUGAUUUCUAAUGUUUGGAAAGUGGAAGUCCAGGUCGGACAAGUUGUCGGUGGCGGUUCAGUGGUUGUGGUCCUCGAAGCCAUGAAGAUGGAGAUUGCCGUGCGGUCACCAUCGGGUCCUGGAAGUUAUAAAGUGGAAGGGAUAUUGAAGGAGUCUGGAGAUACGGUCGAGGCUGGCGAUGUGCUUAUCUUGCUUAGCAAGGUACCUUGAUAAGACCAGUGUCACUAGGCCUGCGAUAAGCGACCAUCAAUAGUACCAGGUUGUGCCUAAAUGAUCUAAGCUAAUAGGCUAGGCCCGGGGGCCCCUAAAGGUGCGACACAUUGAAAAUGCUGUUACGUCCCGGUAUUUCUCGCU